AUGACGUCUAAAUACGAGGACGGUGGUGAGAGGGGAGCAAGAGAGGAAACGACUCAAAAAAUGAUGGGGGAAGCGGAGAAGAGGACGUUGGGGGAGUGGGGAGCGGGGACGGGCGGGGGGGGGGAGGGGGGGGAGAGGGGGGAGGGAGGGGGGGCGAAGGGGGAGGAAAGGGGUGGGGGAAGAUGGAGCAGGCAGGAGGCGGCGCUGACAUGGAUGGAGCUGAGAGACAAGAUCGAGGAGCUUAGCUUCCGUUCACACCACUCUCUCCCCUCAUACCCCAUGGAGCAGGCAGGAGGCGGGGCUGACAUGGAGCAGAGAGGCAAGGUGGAGGAGUUUCCAUUCACACUACUCUCUCCUCUCAUGAUCUCAUCCCCGCUUCCCUCCCUCCCUCCCUCCCUCCCUCCCUCCUCCUCUCCAGAUGGAUCUGGCAAGGGGAAGCGCAGGCUCGGAGCUGAGAGGCUUUCUGAAUCCCCACCGAGCUGGCAGGGGGGGCGCGGGCCUCGAGCUGAGAGGCAAAACCGAGGCGCUACUCUUUCCUGUUACUCCCCAUCCCUCUUCACUUCACCUCGCCUCGUCCUUCCCUCCUCCCCUCCUCCUCGUUCCUCCAGAUGGAGCUGGCCAAUGGAGCAGGCAGGAGGCGGCGCUGACGUGGAGCUGAGAGGCAAGAUCGAGGAGCCACCAUCCCCUCUCAUCCGCCUUCGCUCCUCCCCCUCCCUCGUCCCCUCUCUUCCUCUCUUUCUCCAGAUGGAGCUGGCAAGUGGCGGCGCGGACCUUGAGUUGAGAGGCAAGAUUGAGGAGCUACGAGCUGUUUCAUCAGCCAGCGUUGCUCAGACCAAUUCAUCAAUGGAGCAGAUGCAGCAGCAGUUUGCGGCGUUGAGUCGGCGGCUGGGGGAUUUGGACAGGAGGGUGACGUCAGCCAUGCAGGACCCUACCAUGCGCCUCGUGCUGCAGGGCAGUGCCCCCCUCUUCUCCCCCUCCCUGGGGGAAGGGGAGGACCGCUCUUCUCCCCCCUCGCUGGGGGAGGAAGGGGAGGAGGGGGAGGCACAGGGAGAUUCGGAAAGGAGAGGGGAGGGGAGUCAAGGAGUGAGGAGGGAGGAGGGCGAAGCGAGGGAGAGAAGUGGGGAGGCGGUGGGGAGUGGAGAGGUGAGGAGGGGUAGUGGGGAGAGUGGUGAGGAUGAGAGGCGGGAAGGCGAGGAGAGGAGGGAGGAAGGUGGGGGAGGGAGUGAUGGUGCUAGGGUGGUACUGUGGGUGAAGGUGCCGUGGAGGGCAGCAGUACCAGUGGCGAUCCUGCUGUUGCUGAAAGGGCAACCCUAUCCGUCCGUGGAUAACGGAUCAGCGUCAGGGGCGGGGCAUAGUGCAGCACACAACCUUUCCCCCUUUCUUUUCCCCCCACCCAACCACACCCACACACCCAACCCCACCAACCCACCGCCUUUCCGCCUUUCGAUCGAGGCACACCACCAGCCGCCACCGCUUCCCCCCCCACCACCAAUCGACCAACCGACCCACCACCGCACGGCACAACAACACCGCCGUUCUUCCCCCCCGCACCCCAUCCCCGACCACCCCUCCCCACUCACUCCCCUGUGA